AUGACCGUCCGUCUCCCUCCAUCUCGAUCCCUUGAAGAAGAGCACAUUGAGAUGGAGGACGGUGGCAUGUCGAGGAACUCCUCGAGGCAGAGCCUCCUCCACCCUCGAGCACGCGGGGAUCGCGGACGGCUCGCUGGUCUGGCCUCUCAUACCCUGGGCUUGAUCCUUCUCCUUUGCGUCGUCUUUUUAUGGACCAUGUCCAAUUUUCUUGGUAGUAGCAUCUUCGCUGACAACACGUAUGCCAAACCCUUCUUUCUGACGUACCUCAAUACGUCCACCUUCAUGCUGGGCAUGAUCCCAACCCUCGUCCGGACCGCAUACAAACGGCACCGGGAGCGCGGGGACUUGUUCGAUACGAUCCGAGCGAAUGUGUUGCGGACAAUCAAGGGCGAAGGCUAUCGACGACUGUCGAACGUAGACGAGCCACAAGAUCCUGAAGAAGAGUACGACUCGGAACCAGAGACAUUCAUUCAGAAACCAAGCAGAGACGGUUCUCGCGCGGGCAUCCGUCGUCCGGGGCGUCACAUUGGGGGAGAAGGAGGAGGAGCAGGCAAACACCUGGGCAUCAUCCCCACGGCCCGGCUGGCCUUUGCCUUCUGCAUCCUCUGGUUCAGCGCCAACUACUUUGCCAUGGCGUGUUUGAAGUACACCACGGUCGCGUCCACCACGAUCCUGACCUCGACAUCGAGUUUCUGGACGCUGUUCAUCGGCGCUCUGACGGGGACGGAGAAGUUCACGUGGCGCAAGUUGUGUGGCGUGCUGGCCUCCUUCGCGGGCAUCCUGUUGAUCUCGAGCGUCGACUUUUCGGCCAAGACGGACGGGGGCGAUGCGAGAAGAUCGAUUUCGCGGCGCGAGGACACGUUUCCGGACAAGUCUCCCUCCGAACUCGCCCUGGGGGACGCCUUUGCGUUGUUCUCCGCCAUAAUCUACGGCGUCUAUACCAUCACGCUGAAGAAGACGACCGUCAAGGCGCUGCCACGGUCUCUCAACAUGCCCCUGUUCUUCGGGCUGGUCGGCACGUGCAACCUCAUCCUCCUGUUCCCGCUAUUUCCCAUUCUGCAUUUCACGGGCCUCGAGCCGUUCUCGUUCCCCCCAACCCGGAGAAUCUGGACGAUCCUGCUAAUCAACAGCUGCGCGAGCUUCUGCUCGGACCUCUGCUGGGCGUACGCCAUGGUAUUGACCUCGCCGCUCUUGGUGACCGUGGGGCUGAGCCUGACGAUUCCGCUUUCUUUGGUCGGCGAGAUGGUCCUCCAGGGCCACUACGAGGGGUGGGUCUACUGGGUCGGGGCUUGCAUUGUGGUCGGCAGUUUCCUGUUUAUCGAUCAGCAGGAGAAGAACGAGGAGGUUUCUCAUCACGCCGGCACCGGCCAGGGUAUCGAGGCCCAGAACGAAGAUCAUGACGUCGACGACGAUGACGAUGCUGACGAUACCCCUGGCGCGGCAUUUUCUGCUGCUUCGGCAAGGAACGACUACGGCGUUGACGGACACGGACACGGACAGGCGCAUCGACACGCAUCCUAA